AUGGAUUAUGAUUUCCAUUUUGCGGACUUUCGCUUAAAAUAUCAUUCGGAGGAUGCCAUUAACUGGUAUGUACGAGACACGUUUGUAUUCCGUUCAUUAAAUAAGAUACUUCGUACAGACAACAUCGAUGAUAUUUUGAUAGCAAGUUUCUUCGUGGUCGAUUUGUAUAAUCAGAUCGAUAAGUUACAUGACGAUUUCACCGCAUCCUUACCAGUAACGAAAACAACGCUGACCGUGUAUAGAGGUCAAAUAAUGAGUUGUGAAGAAGUGAAUGUACUCAGGUCUCAAAUCGGUGGUUGUAUCUUCGCUAAAACAUAUUUGUCGACAACAACCGAUCCUAGUGUCGCUUACAAAUUUUGCGGAAUAGACAUUGAUUUACCAGAAGACAUGUCUAUUGAAGAACAUGGAUCACUUGCAGAAUUCAAUGCUUAUGUGAACCUCACAAAAGAAAAUGUAAAAGAGUCUGACGAUAAUUCACCUAAAAAAAUUAAAAUAAAUGAUUAUUCAAAUAAUAUUGUAAAUGAUAAUACAACCAUUAUAAAUGCAGCUUCAAAUACUGAACCAUCAUCUGGUAUUCAAUCGAAUAUUAAUGAAAAUUGUUCAUUAUCCACAACAAGAAUAACAACAACAAAUGACGAUAAAAAACGUACAUAUCAAAAAUGGUAUUCAAAAGACUAUAAGUGGCUUGUAUAUGAACCAAAUAACGAUGGAUUUUGUUGUAUAUGUCGUGAUUACUGGAAACCAACAAUACCAUCCUAUUCUGAGAUGAAUACAAGAACUAGAGGUGUUUUUACUAUACAACCGUUUGUCAAUUGGAAAUGUGCACCUGGACGAAGAUCAGUAGCACAACAAUUAUUUAAUGUUAAUGAAUUAGAACGUCAAGAAAAUCGUCAUAGAUUUGGUGAUUUAUUAGAUGGCGCAUAUUUUUUAUUUAAACAUGAACUUCCACAUACAACAUUAUAUGCACCAUUACUGGAAUUAUUAUCAAAAAUUGAUCAUACUAAAAAAUUAUCAACAGUUUUCGAUAAAUGUCAAAAGAAUGCCACCUAUGAUAGCACAACAACAGUAACAGAAUUAUUGCAAUCAACAAGUGAAGUAAUAGAUAAACAGGUUUUAACAAAAAUUCGUGAAUCAAGAAUUAUUUCAAUUAUGGCCGAUGAAGGCACAGAUAUAAAUCACUAUCAAAACUUAUCAAUUUGUAUACGUUAUUGUAAUCAAGAUACAGAUGCACAAACAAUAUUUGAUACCAUUGUUAAAGAAUUAAAAUCUAAAAAUAUUGAUAUGACAAAAAUUCGUUUUACUGGUUUUGAUGGUGCAUCAGUUUUUAGUGAAGAAUGUAAUGGUGUAUCAGCAAAAUUUCGACAAAUAUAUUCAAAUUCAAUAUUAUUUAUUCAUUGUCGUGCUCAUAUAUUACAAUUAUGUUUAUUAUCAGCGUGUGAAGAUAUACCUGAAGUACAAGAAAGUUUAUUAGCAUUGAAAUCAUUAUUCAAUUUUAUUAAUCGGUCAUCAACUAGAUUAGCACGUUUUAAUGAUAUUCAAACAUUAUUAAAACAUCCACAAUUAAAAUUAAUUCAACCUGGUGAUACACGAUGGCUAUCAUAUUCUCGUUCUAUUAAUGCUGUUAUUCGUUGUUAUGAACCACUAAUGAUAACAUUGGAACAUAUAGCUAAUGAAAGAGGCGA